AAUAGUCUCGUGACUUGGUAGCCGUCAUCUUCAAGGCACAAAAACAUUUACACAAAAUCAAAAGCUUACUCCUUAUCUCUGUUGCCUUUGUGUUUACUUCUUCUCAAACUCAAGUAGUGUCUCCCCUUUUCUCACCUCACUCACACACUCUCUCUCGUUGCAGAAGCUUCUCCCUCCUUCCAUCUCUCUGAUCUGUUAUGGAGAACUGUGAACAUCUUAUGUAACUGUUAUAGUCAACUAUUAGCACAUCGAUCGCUGAGCUUCUCUAACGGCUCUGCUUGGUUCUAUGUCAGAAAGCAAACUUAACUUUGAGGCACCUCUUCUUUCAACAAGGCAGAUGAAGAAAGAAGCAGUCUCUGUGCGCAAAAACAUGGCCAAGAAACUUACUCAUGAUGACUCCAAGACAAGUGAAUCUCCUUCUGUCCCUGUUCUUGGCUUGGAUCAUGUUCCAAACACUGCCUCUGUUGUUUUCAAAAGUUCCUUGGAGAAAGCAAUUGAAGAAGAAAGUGAAGAUGAUGAUGUCUUCUCUGAUGCCCUUGAUACAUUGUCUCUAAAGCAAAGCGUAAGUGGUAGUAUUGAAGCAACGAAACCGCCAAUGGCCUCCGAGGAUCCUGAUCAAUCUCGAGAUUUCAUGUUGAACCGUUUCUUACCUGCCGCAAAGUCCAUGACCAUGGAGCAACAUCAACCUCAGUACGCUAUGAAGCGACAACCAUCUCCCUUCAUGUCUGAACCAGUGAGACAAAUUAGAGAUAUACUACCAGCUGCAACUCCUAAGAGGUAUGAGUAUAACACCACUCCAUCAUAUUAUCAAGACAUAGGUGAUGAUGAUACAAGCGAUGAAGAUGACGAAGAAACUUCUGAGUAUCUAUCUAGGAGAGGCUGUGGGAUGUCACCACAACUGUGCCUUGGUAUGUUGAGCUCAGUGCAUGGUCUCAAAGAGAAACCUUACUCCCUAAGAACCUCAAGCCAUGAUCAAGUCAAGUCAAGCAAGGUUGCGAAACUCAAAUCUCGGUUUCAAUCUGUUAAAAAGCUGGCUCUUGAUAAGUUGGGAAGCAGAGCUCAAUCUCCAGUACAUCCAAGUGUUGAUACAAAUCUGCGAACAGCAAGUGUGCCAUCAUCUCCUUACAGACAAACUGGCUGUUUGUCACCGUACCGCAGUGUAGGAAACUCUUCCCCUCUUCACUCUGCUGGCUUCCCCGGGACUCGUAAGGAAGCUGAGAUCAUGAGAGCUAACAGGUUGAACAAACAUAUCAAAAACCCAAAGAAGUCUCAGGACUUACUCUAUCCAAAGAGUACAAGACUUGACUCUUCUACAAGCUCUGUCAUGGAAAAGACUUUACACGUUGACACAGAUAAGAAUCCAAAGACCAGCAAUGUCAAGAUCUUGCCAGAAACAACUUCAGAGAAACCGAAAGCUGUUCUCGAGCAUCAGGCUGUAGAGUCCCUAAGUAUUAGCAGUGCAAUCAAGAAGAUGAAGGCAGGUGACUUAGACAAGAACAAGAGUGGUUGUGAUCUGUCUCCACAUGAUCUGCCGACACCUAAGAAGCCUUCUGAGUCUUGGCUUUUACGUAAUCUACCUUCAGUAAGCUCGAAGAUCUCUUCAAGGAGAUACCUGUUUCAUCCCCAAAAGAAGGAUCUCAAAGAAAACUCCACAAGUGUGACUAAGUGGGAGACUAUAGUCAAGACUUCUUGUGUUCACAGAGAUCAUAUACGCUAUUCAGAAGAACUUGUUGCUCGUUCAUCUUGUCAAUCCACAACAUAACACUUUGAAGCUUCUCAAGAUCUGACCCCUUGGGAGAAUCAUCAGGUUGAAUCUACAACUUCAUAGGCCCAUCGAAAACCGCCGUAUCUAUUGUGAGCCUUAGAUUGAUUUACAUGUGUAGUUACACUUCCAUAUUAUGUCAGUUGUCUUACUAGUUAAUAAGAAGAAACAUUUGUUGCCGAUA